UUAUAACACGCAUGUUCUGUGCAUAUAGGGUCUUCGGUGUUUUAAAUAUAAAUACACUGACAAUGAUAGUUUACGUGGAAGCAUCGGGUCAAUGGCUGGUGAUCCCAUGUACCGAUACAAGCAAGGAUAUAGCUUGGCUUAUAAGUGAAGUUAAAACAAGAAGUUUGGAAGCUGAUUUACCCUUGCACGAAAAGGUAUUCCUCACCUCGCCAGAUGAGAAAUUGUUGUAUAGUGAUCGGGACAAAAUCAGUGAGGUUCUAAACGACAAGGAAUUUCUAAAAAUAAAAAAUGGUCCACCUGCUAAAACAAACGUAGAACAGAAAAGCGACGUCCCAACUAUUGCCUUGUCUUCGCUUUCAAUUUCCCAACCACAACCGGGACACAAGACCACCGUGAUUUUGGACGGGAAUUCGUUGAAUACGGAAACACUUCUAAUGCUAUCUACUGGGGAAUAUAAAAUAGAGGUCGCCCCAUACGCGCUGAGGAAAGUCGCACAAUCUCGAAAGCUGCUGAACGACAUUAUAGACCAAAAGAAAGUUGUGUACGGAGUAUCAACCGGAUUCGGAAACUUUGCGAACGUUGUGAUUCCGCCCGAAGAUCUGAGACAACUCCAAACUAACUUAAUUGAGUCUCACUGUGUUGGUGUGGGCCCACCGUUGUCACCAGAUAAAACACGGAUGCUGCUUGCGCUAAGGACCAACAUACUCUGCAAGGGCUACAGCGGAAUAUCAACAGAAAGCUUGAAAACUUUGGUGGACGCGUUCAACGCUUCUUGUCUACCAUGGAUACCAGAGCAAGGAACGGUUGGAGCGAGCGGUGAUCUGGCUCCUCUUGCGCACAUGGCGUUGGGUAUGAUGGGGAAAGGUAGGAUGUGGAGUCCUAGUAGCGGUUGGUGCGACGCGGAGUUGGUGCUCAAAGCAAACAAUAUUGAACCACUGCAACUCAAAGCUAAAGAAGGUUUGGCUUUAAUCAACGGUACUCAGUUCAUCGCCUCUAUCGGUUCAGAAGCUGUUGAGCGAGCCAGGUAUAUUGCUCUACAAGCAGACGUGGUCGCAGCUUUGACGCUUGAGGCUUUGCAAGGUACAAGCAGGGCGUUUGACUCAGCUAUCCACGUUGCUCGGCCGCAUAAAGGACAACAAGCAGUCGCACAACGUAUAAGGCGCUUGCUGCAAUACGGUGGCAACCCAUCGGAAAUUACCGAAAGCCAUAGGAAUUGUCCCCGUGUACAAGAUGCUUACACACUACGUUGUUGCCCACAAGUCCACGGUGUUGCUCACGAUACAAUUGAAUUUGUCAAAGAUAUUCUAAACGUUGAACUUAACAGUGCGACAGACAACCCGAUGGUCUUAAUCGAAAGAGGAGAAACAAUAUCAGGUGGUAACUUCCACGGUGAAUACCCAGCUAAGGCGUUGGACUAUUUAGCUAUCGGCGUUCAUGAGUUGGGGGGAAUGAGUGAAAGACGGAUUGAAAGACUCAACAAUCCAGCAUAUAGCGAUCUGCCUGCGUUUCUGGUGAAAAACGGCGGCCUUAACUCUGGCUUCAUGAUGCCGCACUGCACGGCCGCUGCUUUGGUGUCAGAGAACAAAUGUUUGUGUCAUCCGUCAUCGGUUGAUUCGUUAUCCACCAGUGCUGGACAAGAGGAUCAUGUCUCCAUGGGCGGUUGGGCGGCUCGGAAGGCGCUUAAAGUAGUUAGCCAUGUGGAAUACGUCAUCGCCAUUGAGCUACUAUGUGCCUGUCAAGCCAUCGAGUUUCUUCGCCCUCUCAAAAGCACGGAAGCCCUGGAAGCUGUGCAUGCGCUCGUUCGCACUGUUGUACCACCAUAUGAUAAAGACAGAGUACAAAGCACAGACAUGGAGGCGGUGGUUGAAUUACUUCGGUCAAGAAAAGUUUGGAAAUGCGUUGAAGGUUUUAUCGGCCAACCGAUUACACCAUCAGCCAAUAUUUCAUUGUCAAGUUCGCCUACUUCAAGUUCCAUUGCUUAAAAAGCCAAGGUUAAGAAUUCAUGUUAACUUUAAACCGCAGUUUAAACUAAACUUUAAAAAAGUCCCUGCUAGGUAAAGUUAAGAAUUUGCACCAAUUUAGAAAUUGCACAAAUCGUUAAUCCUUUGUGUUGUUUUUGUGCGGGGAUAAAUGCUAGGUUUGUGUCAUUUCUUUAUUGCUGCAAUUUUUACAUUUGACUUAGUAGAAGCUUUUAUAGUUUAGUUUUAACACUACUGCAUUGUGACGUAUUUAUGCACGCCUGCUGCUUACCGUUUAGGCUACUAACCUGUGGCGAGGUGGCUUUAAAUAAAAGUAUUAAAAUAUAUUUUG